AUGUCGACAUUCACCGUUCUUACUUCGCUGUACAUUUGUCUUGCUGGUGUCGGAGUGUUUCUCGACUACAUAUUCGCCAAGAAGAACCCACAAUAUCCCCCUGGUCCUCGGGGCCUGCCUCUAGUUGGGAACAUUCAAGACAUACCUUUUGUCAAACCGUGGCUCACCUUCGCUGAAUGGGGCAAGAAGUAUGGUGAUAUUUCGCAUGUCAAUGUUCUAGGUAUGCACAUCUUCGUGCUGAACUCCGCCAAAACUGCGGUGGAAAUGCUGGACAAGAAGAGUUCUAUAUACUCUGACCGUCCAGUUGUUCCUAUGAGUGGCGAACUUAUGGGCUAUGGGCAAACUUUGCCUUAUCUCCGUUAUGGUGAACGCUUCCGCUCAUUCCGCAAGAAUUUCCAUCGCGCCCUUGAGGAGAUGGAGACCCGCAGAUUCCUGAAGCGUGUACUAGCGAAACCUGACCAGCUGCAAGCACACAUUCGACACACCACUGGCGCUAUCAUUCUGCGCAUCUGUUAUGGUUAUGAAGUCAAGGAGAAUAAGGAUCCUCUCGUUGACAUUGCAGAACGUACUUUAGACGAAUUCUCGCAGCACGCUUACAUCGGUGAAUUUAUGGUCGACUUCCUGCCAUCCUUGGCAAAGGUCCCAGAGUGGUUCCCUGCCCGUGAGUGCCGAGCGACCGUCGAAGAGAUGGCUGCUAUACCCUACAAGUUUGUCAAAGAUCAGAUGGUUGCUGGCAUUGCCCUCAAGUCUUUUACUUCAGAUUUGUUAAAGGACCGUACUUUGACAGCGGAAGAGGAUCACAUUGUGAAGUGGUCUGCUGUAUCACUAUUCAGCGCUGGUGCCGACACGACUGUUUCUGCGAUCUACUCAUUUUUCCUGGCUAUGACACUUUUCCCUGAUGUGCAGAAGAAGGCUCAGGCUGAAAUUGAUGCUGUUGUUGGCCCUGAUCGUCUUCCCUCCUUCGCCGAUCGCGCGCUUGUUAAGGAGGUCCUCCGCUGGAAUGUUGUCAUACCUACUGUUGAUCACAGCGUAACUGAGGAUGACAUCCACGAUGGGUUCAUGCUCAAUGAUCCGCAGGCAUAUGUCAAUCCCUCGGAAUUCAAUCCUGAGCGCUUUUUGGCCAAGGAUGGAAAAGAGCCUGAGACCGAUCCUCGCACCCUGUGCUUCGGUUUUGGUAGACGGCUCUGCCCGGGUCUGCAUCUCGCUGAUGCAUCCAUCUGGUUAACCGCCGCAAUGUCACUUGCAGUGUUUGACGUUUCCAAGGUUGUCGAGAAUGGCGUUGAAAUCACCCCUGAAAUUGACCCCUCAUCCGGGUUGAUCAGCCACCCCAAACCUUUCAAGUGCUCGAUCGAGGCUCGCUCUGAAACAGCUUCUACACUAAUUCAACAAGAUAUUUAA